AUGUCUGUCUCAAAUAUGGAUCAACUUGUCAAGGUCAUCAAUAAGCUGCAAGAUGUAUUUGCCUCUCUUUCCAUGCCAAAUGCAAUUGAACUCCCACAGAUUGUUAUUCUGCAACUGAUAAAAACAGGUGCCGACUCCGGAAUAUCGUCCCCAGGUGCGAGCUCGACCGACGAAUGGGGCGUCUUCAAUCACAUUCCCGAUAAAAAGCUUUUCAAUUUUGAUGAAAUUCGCGAUGAAAUUAUUACAGAGACUGAUGCCAAAACCGGCGGAAACAAGUCAAAAGGUAGUGCGGCGUCAUAA